UCGGCCCCUCACCCGGCCCAGACUCGAAUUCCCGCCAUCGUCUUCGUGGGUGACGUUGUUGGGGUGUUACAAUGAGCGUUGGGCGUCGGCGACAUUGUCCUCCUCCUCGAUGGUGUUGUCGCUGCCGAUUCGAUUGGGAAGCUCCGCGCUGGGAGUAGGCAGAGCCACUGUGAGGCUGAGGGAGAGGAGCAUGGGGUUCCGUCCAGCCAUGGCCGCCAUCAACCCUAGCAGCAGCGGGGAGAACACUGGCCGCGGAGCGUUGAUUGUGUUGGAAGGGCUUGAUCGCAGUGGGAAGAGCUCCCAAUGUGCGCAGCUCGCGUCCUACUUGGAAUCCCAGGGCGUGGCCGUGGAGGCCUGGAGGUUCCCCGAUCGCACGACCGCCAUGGGUCGAAUGAUCUCGUCUUACUUGUCCUGCCAGACCGACCUUGACGCUGCCGCCAUCCAUCUCCUGUUUUCUGCCAAUCGCUGGGAGAAAUGCUCAUUAAUGGAGUCCAAGCUGAAGGCGGGAACUACAUUGGUGAUUGAUCGGUACUCUUACUCGGGUGUUGCAUUCUCCGUUGCUAAAGGUCUCGACUUAGAUUGGUGCAAGGGACCAGAGGCAGGGCUUCCGGCUCCAGAUCUUGUCUUUUAUCUCGAUAUUUCUGCCGAGGUAGCUGCAGCAAGAGGAGGUUACGGUGGCGAGAGAUAUGAAAAGCUCGAGAUUCAGAAGAAAGUUGAAAAAGUAUUCAAGUCCCUGAAAGACACAACCUGGCAGAGUGUGGAUGCGACGCAGUCAAUUGAUUCCAUUCAAUCUGUGUUAAGAGAGGAGUCUGUUAAAGCCAUCAACGAGUGCCAAUCUGGCAAGCAGCUCAUGCAAAUGUGGCUUUCGAAGGAACAAGUUCUUGAAUGAAGAUUAGGGCCCUCUAGCAGCACUGUGUACUUAAGUUGUCAUUAGAGAGUACAUUAAAUAUAGAGGACCCAAGGGAUCAUGCGUGCAUCCAGUAGUCAAUUAUCGUUGAUGCGUUAACGUCCCUGCGAACGAGUAGCUUCAACCCUAACAUUAAAUGGGCAUCCCCUGCAUUCUUUGGAAAAAAUGCUAACAUGGUUAGUGCAUCCGCCAUGAGACAUAUGUGUACAUACAACUUUAGUCUACUUCAUUGAAACUUGAUACUUUUGACGCUCUA